AUGACCAAGAAGCCGUUAGAUGCGAGCGAUUUUGAAAAUCUUGUCUGCAAAAUCCGCCAGGAGACUGAUUCUCAUGAAAAGAAGAUACUGAUUCUGUCAAGGUCUCGUGGCUGUUUCAAUGCAGAACAGGCAGCCAGAAUUCUGUAUGAACUACCUCGGCCGGCUGAUAAAGUAAUUGCCCUGAGAAUAUUGGAGCCAAGAUUAUGUCUGAUGACAUCGAGAGAGGCUCGGUCUAUCGUUGAAGCUGUCAGCAUUCACAACGACAGGCUUAUUGCCCUUGACUGUGUCAAAAGGGUCCUAACAGACAGCCAGACACCUUUAGGAGAAGAAUACUCUCUGAGCAGCCUGAUAUUUGAGAAUGAUAAGCAUCGGGCCAGGUCAAUUCUGCAUACUGUUCGUUCAGAUGUUGCAGACACUAUACCUGCAGGAGGUCACCAAGGCUACACCGCUUUGGGAGGUCUUAACACUCAAGCCAAACCAUUACAGAUAAAUUUGUACGGAGAUGUUGCCUCACAGAUGGAUUCAGCAGCUGGUCAUGGCAAGGUCCGUCUUAUUCCAGCGGCUGAACAAGGAUUAAUUCCCUCUAUUUACACAGGUCACCCCUCAUAUGCCUACCCACCAGACAUCCCGUACACCCAGAUUAGGUCAUACCCUGGGACCUCUGGCUUCCCAACAAGGGUCAGUGCCACCUCGGAUUACCCUGGUGGGGCCCCACCACUUGGAUAUCACAGCGGAGCACCAGCACCGGUCGGAUUCUACAGUUUGGAUCAAAGCAGAAUUGCAUAUUAA